AUGAAUAACCAAGGAGCAACCUAUGCAGAACUGAAGGGAGUCAAGAACUCAACGAGGCAGGAAAUAAAACCUAAGUUUUCUAAAAGUUCCAUUUCAAUGGCUGAGCAGGAAUUAACAUAUAUAGAAUUAAAUCUUCAAAAUGCUUCUCAGAAUCUUCAUGGGAAUGACAAGAAUUACCACUCCAAAGGUUCACCAUCACCUCCAGAGAAGUUCAUUGCUGGGAUCCUGGGAAUCAUCUGCCUCGUCUUGAUGUCCAUUCUGUUGACAGUGAUCAUUGUUACUCCCUCUACUCUAAUACAGGAACAGAAUUACUCCUGUCUCAUAACAAGGCUCCAGAAAGAAUAUCAUCGUGGUCAUUGUCCAAGAGAUUGGCUUACAUAUUCCAACAAUUGCUAUUAUACUAGUUUGGAAAAAAAAUCAUGGAAUAAGAGUGUGAGAUCCUGUGCUACUAAGAACUCUACUCUGCUUUAUAUAGAUAAUGAAGAGAAAAUGAAAUUUCUGAUGUCCCUAUCAAUUACAUCGUGGAUUCCAGUCUCUCGUGAAG